AUGGGGCUGUUAGACCUGCCCGUUGAGAUCGUCCUGCUCAUCGCCGAGCUCCUGUCCCAGAGAGACCUGAACGCUCUUCAGCAGACGAAUCAAAGGUCUCACUCCCUCCUCUACUCGACUUUGCUUCGUCACAACAUCAGGGUUCAUAACUCUUCUGCCUUGCUCUGGGCCGCCAAGGCCAACGAUCUCCAACUUGCAGAGCGUUUGUUCCGCGAAGGUGCCAUGGUUUCCUCACUCGAAGAGCCCAAAGUGCCAACAAGGAAAUUUGGCCACCCGCUCUACUUUGCGGCAGAAAAUGGCCACGAAGAAAUGGUAAAGCUGUUACUGCAGCAUGGCGCGAACCCAACCACUGAAAAGACGAGCUGCGGCCCAGCCAUCUACGUUGCAGCGAAGCAAGGCUACGUCGGAAUCAGUGAGAUCAUACUAUCGGCCAUCAGCACAAGCAGCGAGGCAGCGAAGCACAUGGUACUGGGAAUGUGGAUUGCUAUCUUCUUUUGUGAUCUACCCGUCAUCGAAGGCAUGAUUGAGCGCUGUGCCCGGUUUUAUUCCCCAGAAGCAGAAGAAGAGUUUGGUCCCCGAAACGACCACUCCUUGUUGUCAAAGAUUAUAGAGUGUGGCUGCAGUGAGAGUACCAUUAGAGCCUUUGUUCAAGUUGGUGCAAAGGAUAUCCUGGAUGAAGAAUGGUCUGCGUUGGGGCGAGCCGUCUUGCGAGGUGAUCCACGAAUUGUCGAGCUCCUAUUGACCAAUGGCUAUGAUCCAACCAACCAGGGGGCCCUGGGCUAUGCCGCCGGUCAGGGUGCCAUGCAUAUGAUACAGCUUUUCUUGAAACAUGGCUGCCGAAUGAGGAGAAUGGGCCGUCUCCCAUUUCUCCGGGCAAUUCGAAAAGGGCGCUAUGACGUGGUUGAGCUUCUACUUCAGGAGGGAGCGGAUCCAAGCGGCUCCAGCGUGUUCCUGGAGGAUUUGGAGGACAACGUGGUACUUGAGCAUCUUUCGGCAAUAUCCUGCGCUAUCCACUACCGCCAGCCGGCUAUCCUAAAGCUAUUGAUUGAGAAUGGGGAGCGUCCGGAGCGGAUGGACAUCGCGCUCGCGGAGGUAAUGAAAGAUCCGGAAGCGCUUGCCUUACUAGCACAAUUCCGCCAUAACAACGGGCCACUGUAG